GCAAUGCGUGGAAGAAUUGAACGUGCUCGACGAGAAAAACUAUUUGUGAUAUCAAGAAACCCAAAGGAUAGUACCAAGGAAGAAUUUCAAGUUACUGGCAGUACAGGAAACUUAUAUACUGUGAAGAUUGGGCCAAUUCUUUCCUGCUCUUGUGCUGAUUUCCGUUAUCGUCGUCGUCAUUGCAAACAUAUGUUGAUGAUUCUCUUGAAAAUGUUUUCCCUUCCAGCAACUUCACCCAUAUUCCAAACGAUGACACCUAGUCAUGAUGUAUUGCGACAAAUAUUUUCCACUUGUGCUCCUGAUCCUAGUACAUUGAUACCCGAAGAAUUAAAGAUUAUGAUUGAUAAAAAAUUGAAUGGUGAACCAAAUGUUCUAAUAUUUUAUUUGAUUAGACGUUCUCUGGAUUCAUCCGAUUGUCCAGUAUGUUGUGAUGAAUUUAAGGAAGAGGCUAUUCUUGAUAUCUUAUUCUGUCGCGUAUGCGGUAAUAAUAUUCACAAGACAUGCUUCAACAUGUGGAAAUCUACUAGGCAACAUGAUGUCACUUGUGUAUAUUGUCGUUCUCCUUGGGAAGAUCCAGCUGCAUCCAAAAAGAAGGGAAAGAAUAUCAAGCUCAAUCACGAAGGAUUUGUCAACUUUGGUGUUGAACUUGGUUUAUCCGAUGUUCGUGGUAAGUUGUAA